AUGCGUCUCCGUACUAGAGGUGCGCCUUCUGAGGCAUCCGCCAAAGCCGUGGCAAUGCCAAAAGCAAAGCCUGCCGUUAAGCAAAGCAAGGUUACCAAGAAAGGAAAGUCUACAAUUCAAAAGAACGUUGAGAAAGCUUCUGGAAAGUCGAGUGUGUCGAGUAAGGUGAAGGUGUCGAAGACGGAGGAAACGAAGGGUAUCGCGGAUCCAAGUUCAAGUUAUAAGGCCUCAACGGCCAACUUUCGACUUUUAAUCGAAAGGUGCAAGUAA